AUGGCCACUGCAGCUAUUCUCACUCCUGUUGCUCCCCCAUCAGCGCCAACCUUUGGCACCACUCCUGCUGCCCAGCCUCCACCAGGACAGCCAGAUAUCUCGUACCAUCCUAACUGGGAGACGUAUCAAGCACGUGUAGCCCGCAGGACUCAGACCGAGAAUCUCUCCAAGGAAAUUCCAGAGGGGUUCCCCAAGGAGCUGAAGGGAGACUUAGUCUGGGAGGGAGAGACUGUUGCUAAAGAGUACAAAUGGACCUAUACCUUUACAGAUGAACAGCUUGAGGACAUAAACAACGCUCUUGCCCACUUCAAGUCUCUCAACAUUGCAAAGGGGUACAUCUCUCAAGAAACCUUUCCUCUACCCAAGACCCACGACGAGCUCCGUCGUCUCUCCCGUGAACUUCAUUUCGGUCACGGUUUCUUCGUCCUCCGUGGCCUAGACGUCGAUCGUUACACUCGUGAAGAGAACAUCAUCAUUUACGCAGGCAUCUCUUCCCACAUUGGUUCCAUCCGGGGCCGUCAGGAUGCCUACUAUGAUGGCAAACGAGCCGAUGUAGUCCUUGGCCACGUGAAGGAUGUUCGAUCUACUACUAAGAUCAAGAUUGGAUCUCCCGCCUACACAGCCGAUAAGCAGGUCUUUCACACAGACUCGGGCGAUAUCGUCUCGCUGUUUGCUCUUGGUACCGCAGCUGAGGGAGGAGCGAGCCGUUUGGCCAGUGCCUGGCGCGUGUACAAUCACAUUGCGGAAACGCGACCUGAUCUCAUCCGCACUCUAGCUGAAGACUGGGAAGCAGAGCUCUUCACAAAGACUGUCAACGAUACCGACAAGGUCUCAAGACGCCCUUUGAUCCACCACCAACCCGCUAGUACCGAUGGAAAGACUCCAGAAAGAGUCGUCCUUCAAUACGCCCGUCGCUACUACGUCGGUUUUGGAGCCCUCCCACGAGGCAACCACAUUCCACCCAUCACUGAAGCCCAAGCCGAGGCUCUCGACACACUACACUUCCUUGGUGAGAGAUUCAGCGUAUCAACGGAUUUUCAAAAGGGCGAUAUUCAGUAUGUCAACAACGUCGCCGUGUUCCACGCCCGCGAUGGAUUCAGAGAUACCGAGGACCAGCAGAGACAUUUGUUGAGAUUGUGGCUUCGUGACCCUGAGUAUGCUUGGGAGACACCCGCUGCGCUUAGUGAGAGAUGGGAACGGGUUUAUGGUGGUGUUACGCCGGAGUUGCAGACUUUUCCUCUUGAGCCGUAUGUUCGUAUCAGAUUUUGA